CUAACCUCAAAUUGAUGUUCUAGUUCUAUGAUCAAAAUAAAUUUCGGAUAAAAAUUUAUUUUUUGAUAUUUCAAAUUAAAAAGUCUCUCGAAUUAUGAUGUUAUCAAGGAGUUUGGUACAUUUCUCUUCAAAUUCUAUAGGCGCGAGAUCCAUAAGUUUAAGUUCCACAAAUAAUUUGAUUCAGAAAUGGAGGAAGGAGAAAGGACUGCCUCUAAAUCCAAAUGCUCAUGGAAAUUUAACAGACGGCCAAGACUACACUUACCUAGACGGUCGUCCAACACCUUAUGGUGUUGGUCAAAUGAAACGAAUAUCCAAGCAGAGGGAACUAGCCGAAUCUAUAAUAAGGUUAACACGUGAAGUUGAUUUCGCAGUAGAGAGGCACAAGGAAUUGAAAAAAGCUGAAGAACAACAACGAAUGAAAAUAUUAAGUUCAAAACUCAAACCCAAAGGUUCCGCAUUAUUGAAAGCAAAAAAUGAAGUAUAAAACAAAUGUAUUGUAUAUAAGAAUUGGGUACUGUAAUGAUUUUCAUACUGCGCUACUAUUACCCAGUAGAUUAUUUUAGUUAUUUAUAAUUGUUGCUGAAGAUUAAAGAGAUGACAAAACAUA